AUGUUUGUGCUUGUUAGUGACACAGUGAAUCUUACUGGUGAUCUUAUUUAUAUAGACAGGGGUGGUAACAUUAUCAAACCCUCUAAAGAUAACAAAACAAAGUCUACACUGAUAAAGAAAACAGAACGAUGGGUACCACGGUGUAUCUACACCUCCCACCGCAACGGCGAUUUUCUGGUCGGGAUGCAGUCCUAUAAUUUAGGCAUAAUAGCACGCUAUAAUGACAUUGGACAAUACAAACAGACAAUACAGCAUGGAAACAUAGACCGGAGACUGUUUCAUAAUCGUAUCUACAUCACAGAGAAUCGGAAUGGAGAUGUUAUUGUGUCUGACUUUGACCGUGAUGCUGUAGUGGUGACAGACAGUAGAGGAAGACACCGUUUCUUCUACACAGGACAUCCACGAGGAUCACGGUUUUUUCCAUUAAGAAUCUGUACUGACGCGCUGUCACAUAUCCUGGUGUGUGAUUUUAUCACCAGCGCAAUUCAUAUGCUUGACAAGGACGGCCACUUCCUGUCACUGAUACUGAAACGACGAGGAAUGGAUGGACCAACGUGUGUGUUGACAACUCUACGCUUUUUAGCCAAAGGAGAGUAUUUAUCUGAGGUUGGCGAUCUUCAUGGAAUUUCCAUAUCAUCCGCUUCCAGGAUCGUAACCUCUGUUACCUCUGCUUUGUGCGAGUCCUUGGAUAAUGUUAAGUUUCCUGAGUCAAAUGAAGAACUUUCAAAGGUGAAAGAGGACUUCUAUCAGGUUGCAGGGUUUCCAAAUGUUGUAGGGGCGAUUGAUGAGACGUUGAUACCAAUCCAAGGCAUGACAGGGGAUGAGGAGCCCAAUUUUAUCUGCAGAAAAGGGUAUCCCGCUAUAAAUGUACAAGGUGUUGUGGAUGCCAACCUUCGGAAAUGGCUCUUGACCCCAUUUGUUAACCCCAGGACCCCUCAGGAGCAGAGGUACAACAAUGCCCACAGCACCACAAGAAAUACAGUUGAGAGGGCAUUUGGAGUCCUCAAGAGUAGAUUCAGUGUGAUGUUAAACUUAAACAUUAUUUUUUUUAUUAAUAAAUUACAUGAGCAGGAGAAAAACAUUAAGAGACUCCUUUCCAUAGCACAGAACUAUGAACAAAGAUCUGAACAGUCAUUAAACAGACAAGUAAAAUUCCUUUUAUUUCUUAAGAAAACCCGUUUACCCAACCAAAAGGACACUCUCGAUGUUACACAACACACCCUUCUUUCCCUGACUGAGAAAACCGAAAUUAGAGGUAUCAGUAACUUAUUGAGCGAAAUACAAAUCAUAGAGACAGGAAAAAGACAGUUAAGAAACGAAAGUCUUCUGAAUCUGAUGUCUACCCCAAUGUUACAAAGAUCCUUCACGGUAACAGGUGUGAGUGAUGUUAGACACAUCUCCUUUCAGACACCAGAUCUAGUCUGGAUCAGUGAUAAUAACAAUCUCGUAUUGACAAAUAAAUCAGGCGAGAGACUACUUCAGUUGAGAGAUAUCAGUGGAGGAUAUGGGGCACAUACUUUCAGUGUUACACGAGGGCUUAUCUAUAUAGACAAUGUUUGUAAUAUUAAUAAAUUAUCUACAGAUAUGAGAACAAAGUCUACAUUGCUAACGAGAACAGGACCAUACGUGCCACUGUGUGUGUUUUGCUCUCCCUCCACUGGAGAACUAUUGGUAGGAAUGUGCAGAAGUGAUACACCUACAUGGAGGGCAAAGGUUACACGGUAUAACCACAUAGGACAACAGAUAAAGACAAUACAACACACAAAUACAGGGCAGGAACUGUACAGCUAUCCCGUGUAUAUCACAGAAAACCGCAAUGGAGACGUAAUUGUGUCUGACUUAUGCUUGGUAGUGGUGACAGAGCGUGGGGGAAGACACCGUUUCUCCUACACGGGACACCCAUCAGGAUCCUGGCUUAGUCCACAAGGACUCUGUACAGACGCGCUGUCGAACAUCCUGGUGUGUGAUGGUUACACUGACGCGGUACAAAUAGUUGACAAGAAUGGUGUUUUUCUGUCACUAAUACAGACACAACAUCACGGUAUAGAAAUACCAUGUAGCUUGAGUUAUGAUGGCAUAACGCAUCAACUCUGGGUAGGAUCACUGAACAACAACAGAAUGUGUGUAUACAGAUAUAUAAACAAACACG